AUGCCAUCCGCCCCGCUCUGCAUCUCCUCUCAAUCGAGAAAGAGGUUCAAGUCGUCUGAAUUCGACGAAAAACUGCUUGUGGGAGGAACAGACAAAGAGAAUCAAGUUCGGCAGACAGAACAAGCAAACGACGAAGAUGAGAACGCACAUGUGGGACAGAAUGCCUUUUCCGAACGCAAUAUCCCUCACACACCUGCCGUUCGAAUACCCUUCGAAGAUCUUAUUGCAAACACCGAAGACGCUUUCAACUGCGCACCGCCAUUCACCACUCCCAAAGACCAUGUUCUCUGGCAAACCAAUCCAGCUAGCUCAGGCGCCUCUAUAGCGGCUACCGGGACACAAAGAAGCAGGAAACGUGCUCACAGUUCUUCACCGGCAUCGUCACAACUGGGGAAGUCUGAUCAAUUUUCAGCGUACACGGGUGCCUUGAACUUGGAUACUUUGAACAAGUCUCUACGCACACCAAACAAUGACCCUACUCAAGACCUGUGGAAUCGCUACACCGCUGCCAAUGUACUGAAAACAGAUCAAAUUGAGCCCACUUUGCCUGCCUACCUUCAUCUCCUUCCUUCAUCUCCUCAAACGCCCAGUACGACAAGCAAGGACAGCGCGCAUCGGAGAACUCACAGUUGUGGGGUUGAAUGGCCGACGUCAAGAGCCAAGCGUCGAAGAAUAGAGAUGAAUCGGGUGCACAGCCGCACGAAAGAGGUGUUUGCUGCCUCACGGAAAGAUAUCCUUCGUCGAGACUUGUCCAACAAUACCCGCGUGGGUCUUCUUCUGGAGAAGAUCCAAGAAAGUCUGUCCAAAAAGGUUGGUGCUGAUGAAAGUCCGUCAAGCUCCUCGCCGCUUCCGGAUCGACACUCUCAGGCAUUGAUUUCGCCGACACGGCUUCAAAGAGGCGGAAAUGAAAAGAAUGGUUCGAAGGCAAUGGUCCUCCCGGAUCAACAACAGACCGUGCCGCAGAAGGUUGGGACCCAACAUGAUGUCUCUUCGGAGUUCAGUGACGAUGGUCUUGACAUUGAGGCAUUUGAAAGUCUCGAGCAAGCCCUGGCGCAAAUGUCGGCGCAAAAUCAGCUGGCGGCUGCUCCGGUGAACCACCAGGAAACUUUACAGCCCGCAAGAUCUGGUUCUCCGGCCCCCAGCAGUGCUCCUUCCCGUGGUCAAGGCAACCAGUCCAGAAAGCAGACUCAGAGUGUUGUCACGGACAAGCCAGCACCACAAGACUUCGAUGAUGAAUUUGAUGAUGACGACGAUGAAGAAUUGAUGAACGAAAUGAUUGACCUUGCUGCACAAUAUGACUUGCAACCCAAAGUUUCAGGACAAAACCCACCUGCUGUUAUGAACGUGACUUCCCAAACCACUAUUCAUUCUAAGCGUUUGGAAACACUCGAUGAGUUUGAGGAUGCUUUCGAAGACGAUGACGAGUUGUGGGAAGUCAUUGCCAAUACCAUUUCCGCAGAAGUACAGGCGGAGAAAAGGUCGACAAAUGACACCACAAUUGACAACAGAGCCAUCAAACGAUACCUUAUUCUCGAUGUCCUUGAAUGUCAGUACGAGUACAAACCAGGACGUAAACGACCCGAGAAAAUGCUUUCUGUCAAAGAUGAGCGAAGCGGCAUGCUCUACAUCAUACUACUACGAGAUUCUUGGUAUGAUACCAGAUGCACCAAGGGAUCAUAUGUGCAUAUCAUUGGCAAAUUCGACCAUGCUGGUCAAUGCAUUGUGAAUGAUGCCGAGAACAUGAUCAUUCUUCACCCUGAUCACCUUAUCUCCUCAACCGUGGUCGGAGAUUCCUUCACUUGCGUGCGCCGUGCUGUCCUUCAAGAUAGGGUGAAAGCCACCAGUGCAGCUACACAGCCUCAAGUGUACGGUCAUAUCUUGCACGAAGUUUUUGGCCAAGCUUUACGAAUCAACCAAUGGGGCAUCGAAUCCUUCAGAGAGAUCAUGGACAAGACCCUUCCAGCUUAUACCGAAUCCCUUUAUGAGAUCGGAGUCAGACCAGAAGAUGCAGCUGAAUAUCUCUUGGGCAAAGCACCCGAAUUGAAGGCGUGGGCAUCUAUCUUCAUGGGUGAUACCCUGUCUUCAGAUGCUGUCAUCCGCGAUCGUAAUGGUCUUCUCGUUCCCACAACCAUCAACAAACUUCUGGAACUCGAAGAGCAUGUCUGGUCACCAAUGUAUGGCCUCAAAGGCAAUAUUGACGCGACAGUUCAAGCCCAAAUGAAACUACCGAAUGAACCCGCAAGCAAAACUUUGCUUGUGCCUUUUGAGUUGAAAACAGGUAAGAAGGAUAAUAUGGAGCAGCAUCGUGUGCAAACUGCUCUAUACACCCUUCUCCUGUCUGACAGAUACGACAUCAAUGUGACAUGCGGCGUUCUCUAUUACCUGGAAACCUCCAAAACUUACCGCGUCGAGGGGAUCCGCACCGAGCUCCGACAUAUGAUUAUUGCGCGAAACGAGUUGGCUUGCUACGUCCACGACAAAUUGGCAUUGCCACCCAUGGUUCAAAAGGAACAUCUUUGCAAAAGCUGCUAUUCGAAAGCUGCAUGCUUCACAUACCACAAAUUGUCCGAAAAUGGGACCGCAGAAACAAGUGGUUUGGGUGAGAAAUUCGACGAGUUGGUUGACCACCUCAAACCAAUUCACCAAGUUUUCUUCAAAAAAUGGGAUGAUCUACUCACUCAGGAAGAACGUGAUACCAUGAAAUUCCGUCGUGAAUUGUGGACCAUGUUGAGUUCGGAGCGUGAAGCUGUCGGUCGUUGCUUCUCAGAAGUGGUCAUUCAACCUGGAUCUGCUUUUGAAAAUCCCGAGAGCAUCAAAAUCAACAGAUUCGAAUACACUUUUGUCAAGCACAAACCCCGCCCAGGCUUCUCUUUCGCCGAGUCUCAAAUCACGAUCGGGGAGCCAAUUGUGAUUUCAGAUGAGAAAGGACAUUUCAAUUUCGCCGCUGGCUUCGUUACCAAUGUUCGACCUACCAGAAUUGUCGUGGCGGUCGAUCGGAGAUUACCACAUGCACGGAGAAAGUUGGAAGGAUUUCAUUCUGCCAACAACCAAAUUUUCUCGGGUAUUGUGGAUGAUGGCUCAUCUGAGAGUCCUGAAAAUGAAUCACCCAUUCUCUAUCGAAUUGACAAAGAUGAAUUUGCCAAUGGGAUGGCAACAGCGCGAAAUAAUAUCAUUCGGAUGAUGGAAAAAAACCUCUGGCAAGCACGAGAACUUCGACAGUUGAUUGUUGAGAACAAAUCACCCGAAUUCAAGGUCACGUCGACGGCCUAUACCCUCUCUGGUCCAGCUUCUCAGCAACAUUUGAACAUCGACCAGCGGAGAGCCAUUGAGAAAGUGAUGAGUGCCAGGGAUUAUGCUCUCGUUCUUGGAAUGCCUGGCACUGGCAAAACCACCACCAUCGCUCACAUCAUUCGCGCUCUCGUGUCGCAAGGCAAGUCUGUUUUGUUGGCGUCAUAUACACAUACCGCGGUGGACAAUAUUCUGCUCAAGAUCAAAGAUGACAACAUUCCAACCUUGCGGAUUGGUGCCAUCAACAAAGUCCAUCCCGAAAUCCAGUCGUUCGCAGACAUCUCAGGAAUUCCCAAACGUACAGUCGAAGAACUACAUCAGUCGUGGCAUGGGAGUAAAGUGGUCGCAACUACCUGCCUUGGAGUCAAUCAUGGCAUUUUUAAUGCUCGAACAUUCGACUACUGUAUCGUCGACGAGGCUUCGCAGAUCACACUGCCUAUAUGCCUUGGUCCGAUUCGAAUGGCGAAGACUUUUAUUCUCGUAGGUGACCACUAUCAACUACCGCCGUUGGUUCAAAACAAGGAAGCACUCGAGGGUGGACUAGAUGUCAGCCUGUUCAAACUCUUAUCUGACACACAACCGGAUUCCGUGGUGAAUCUUGAACACCAAUACCGAAUGGCGGAAGACAUCAUGCUUCUCGUGAAAGAGCUCGUCUACUCUGGUCGCAUCAAGUGUGGUAACGAAACUGUCGCCAAACGAAUGCUUCAAAUCCCAGAUCUUGAAGCUGGCCUUUCCGCGCAUCAUUUCACAUCAUCUUCUCUACCAAAGUCGAGCAGUCAUCCAUCUACGAUCUGUGUUUCUGAUGACUCAUGCUGGCUUCAACGCGCACUUUCACCUUCCUCUCGCUGCCUCCUCCUCAACACGGACACCAUGACUCCUAGCGGUUCAGGGCGCGAAACAGCCACUGGUGCACGCAUCACCAACGCUAUUGAAUCAAACCUCACUGCGCAGCUCGUCACGACCCUCAUCCACUCAGGCGUCCCGACCCGUUCCAUCGGCGUUAUCACAUUCUACCGUUCUCAGCUCGCCUUGCUCAAAUCCGACGUCAAGGGGACAGCAGGAUCUGUCGCGGCAUCGGACGUCGAAAUGCACACGGCCGAUAAGUACCAAGGGCGAGACAAGGAGGUGGUGAUUCUCUCCUGCGUCAGGAGUAAUGAGAAUAACCACGUCGGAGACCUAUUGAAGGACUGGCGACGGGUCAAUGUCGCUCUCACGAGGGCACGGAGCAAGUUGUUGAUCCUCGGCAGUAAGAGUACUUUGAAGGGCAGCGGCGUGCCCAUUCUCCAGGGCUUGGUGAGGAUUAUGGAUCAGAAAGGCUGGGUGCUCGACCUUCCUGGUGGUAUUGCUGAGGCGCAUUCGUUCGAGAACGUCAGUCAAGUUGCCGGCGCCACGCAGAGGAGUUGCACUACGCCAGGCCCACAUCGGUCACAGCGGGAUGGUCAGGAUAUCGUGAGCCCAGAAAGUUCUCUGCGACCAGGGUGGACAUUCUCAACGCCGUCGAAAUCGGGUUCGAAGAGAAAAUACUCUCUUCAGGGCAGGACCGCGAAUACUCUUAAGGCCGGCAGUCCGAAUAAGAAAGGACCAUUCAGAAAACCUGACCGAAUCAUCAGAGGCAAUGCCUUGGCUGGCGGCCUGCAGAGUUUUCUGGACAAGAAGCCUGUGCUAAGGGAUGUGGUUAAUGAUCUUCGAAAUCGUGCGGAUGGUUUUGAUGUUGGGAAGGAGAAUGCCAAUCCGAAUAAUAAUGGUGGUUUGGAUAUGGAGGUGGAUAUGGAUGCGGAUUUCGGAAUAUAG